UGUGUGUGUGUGUGUGUGUGUGUGUGUGUGUGUGUGUGUGUGUGUGUGUGUGGCUCCCAGGCUCCGUGGGAAAGCUCCAGCAGAGGAGGAAGAGGGAGGAGGUGAUGGUGGUGGUGGUGGUGGAGGACACACCGCGGUCACCAGUCCAGUCUGCAGCCGACACACAGGCCACCUGCCUCGGACUAUUUACUGGACUCACACCGCUGGAAAAAAAACACUCCUGGAGCUCCGGAGAAAUAAUUUCACACUAAACAUUUUUUUAGGACUUUUACUGACUUCAGAAACUCAAAACAGUGAGACUGCAAUAUUUGCAACAUGUUCACCAACUUCUUCGUUUGCUGAUGUGGGAAAACUCUCGUUUUUGACUUAUUUUUUGGGAAGGAUUAUAAAUUAAACGUUUUUCUGCAAGAGAAGAAGAAAACUAACCUGAACCAUCAUUAUCUCCUGGAAUAAAGAGGCUUUUACAAUCCGUUAAACACUUAAUACAUUCCAAUAUUAUUCCUUUAAGACUACAGGUGGUUUAUAGUGUCGUCAUCGUGGUUUUUGAUAUUUUCCUAAUAUAUUUCCUUGUAGUGGCCUAUAGUGGACGAUCAAUAAUUAGUGAUAGAUCAGUAUUAUUUUCCCUCCUGUAGUGGGCUGUAGUGUUUUAUUAUUCCUGUAGAAGGAAUCGAUCAUCUUUAAUAAUCCUCCACACCUCCACGUCUCCUCCCCGGGGAGAGACUUCCACCCCCUUCCCCGCCGUCCAUGCACCAUGAAGCGGCCGUGUGAGGACAGCAGCUCGGCGGAGAGUGACGUGGAGGAGACCAUCGAUGUGGGCAGUGAGAACAUUUAUCCAGGGUACAUGAAGGCGUCUUUUAUAAGAUGUGGAUCACCGACAACGACCACUCAAGUCAUGGCGAGGAAAAAACGCAGAGGGAUUAUCGAGAAGAGACGCAGAGACAGAAUCAACAACAGUCUGUUGGAGUUACGGAGGCUCGUCCCCACGGCGUUUGAGAAGCAGGGUUCAGCUAAACUGGAGAAAGCAGAGAUUCUCCAGAUGACUGUGGACCAUCUGAAGAUGCUGCAGGCCACCGGAGGGAAAGGUUAUUUCGACGCCCAUGCUCUGGCCCUGGACUUCCUGUCUCUGGGCUUCCGUGAGUGUGUGACGGAGGUUUCCCGCUACCUGAGCGCCGUGGAGGGCCUGGACUCCAGCGACCCGCUUCGCUCCCGCCUCCUCUCCCACCUCACCUCCUGCGCUUCGCAACGCGACGCCACCACCCUCACCGUGGCCUCCCAUUCACCGCUUCACCCCCACCACCACCACCACCACCACCACCACCAGCAGCAGCAGCCUCACCCUUUGCCCCACCCCUUCCACCCCCACCACUGGGCAGCCGCGGCCGCUGCGGUUGCCACGGCGGCAGCGUUUCGGCCUCUACCGGCCGCCGCAGCGCCGUACGGACUGAGCGGGCUUUCUGUUUCUCCAGAUGCUGGAGGUGGAGCAACCCAGAGGCUGGCCUCCUCCUUUUCCUCCCACGCAGACUCCACCUCCUCCUCUUCUCCUUCCUCCUCCUCUUCUUCAUCUCUCGUGCUUCCCUGCACCCCCACUCCUCUCUCCGCCUCCCUCCUCUCCCUCUCAGCAUCGUUUCCCAUCGCCCUGCACGGAGGUUUCCCCAUCCUCCCUCCAUCCUCUUUCACCUCCACCGCCGCCGCCAGUCCUCCCAUCUCCUCCUCUUCCUCUUCCUCCCAGACUCCUCACAGCAGCAGCAGUAAACCCUACAGACCGUGGGGAACGGAGGUCGGAGCUUUCUGACUUUUACCAACUGUUUUGGCUGCUGACUAACCUUUUAACAACCUGAAAAACACUUUUAUCACCAGUGAAACAAGUUACUUACAAGUUUUACCAACACUCGACGCGAGCAACUAGUUCUAUUAACUUGUUAAACUUUGAGAUGUUUUUUUUGUCUGUUUUCCACCUGCUGAUUUUACAAAGUGACUGUUUGUUGUGAAACGUCUGCUCAGAGAAGAGAAACGUAUGGUUUUAUUUGUUGUCUUUUUCUUUUCCAAUUCAGAUUUACCAAACUGUUUUAACAUGAUCUACCAGUUUCAACUGACGUUUUGUUCCCGUAUGAGAUUUACUCCACUUGGACAAAAGUAAAAAAUAACUCUGAGAUAAUCAAUCCACUGAUGCUUUAACCCGACUAACAAAAACAGAUGUUUGUUGUCAUAUUUUCCACAUAUUUUACAGAGAAUCUGCUAACUGAGGAUACUUUCCUAACUUUAUCACUGCAGACCUGCCAAAGCCAGUUUAUCCACAAAAAAGACUCGAUGCAAACCACGAUGAAGAUUAAAGAUAAGAAUGUGAUUGUAAUGUUGUACAAACUCAACAAUAUUAGAUCAUAUUAAGCCCCUUUUUCACCUUUUUUUUCUUUCAUUAUCUAUCUGUGGUUUACAUGUAAACUGUCACUGAAUUCACCACCAAAAAUCUGUGAUUCCUUGUGUGCCUUUUUACAAAUAAAAAUGAAGUAACAACA